GACACGUUACACGCUGGUUCCCCCUUCCUCUCCCUCCCCCGUUUCGGAUCCGACAUCCGAGCGACCAACACCAACCCAAACCGAGACCAGUCUCACCACCGCACCACGCGGCUCGCCGCCGAUGGCGACCGACGCCGACGAAGCGCCGCUGCUCGCCGAAGAGCCCCUCCGGCCAGGCGCCUGCAGCCGCGAGCUCGAGCUGCGGGAGUUCCGCGACCGCUACGUGAUCCGCUCGCUCGACGGCCGCGGCGCCUUCGCCGUCGCCCGGUCCGACGGCUCCCUCCGCGCUCUCUCGCCAGAGGAAGCCGCGGCGGGGAGCGACUGCAAGGUCUCGAGGAUAUACGGGGUGGCCGGCAUCAUCAGGUUGCUAGCCGGAAGCUAUGUACUUGUCAUCACUUCACGAAAGGAUGCUGGCUCUUAUCUGGGUUCCCCUGUGUACCAUGUGAACUCGAUGAAAUUCUUAUGCUGCAACGAGGCUAUAAAGCACUUAACUUCACAGGAAAAAAGGGAUGAGGCAUACUUCAUGUCUCUACUGAGAAUUGCAGAAACUACUUGUGGACUGUAUUACUCAUACGACAGGGAUUUGACUCUAAACUUGCAGAGGGCAUCAAAGUUGGCUGCAGGUAGGAUACAUAAGCCACUAUGGAAGCAGGCUGAUCCACGGUUUGUUUGGAACAAAAAUUUGUUAGAAGAGUUUAUCGAAGCUAAGCUUGAUGAGUUCAUCAUUCCAUUGAUCCAAGGAAGUUUUCAGUUGGCACAGUUUACCAUGAAGGAUACACCUGUCACAAUAACACUGUUCUCACGGAGAUGCAACAGGCGUCUAGGAACAAGAAUGUGGAGAAGGGGUGCAAAUCUUGAAGGUGCCACAGCAAAUUUUGUAGAGACAGAACAACUGGUUGAGUACGAUGGUUUCACAUCCUCAUUUAUACAGGUUCGGGGCUCCAUUCCACUUCUCUGGGAACAAAUAGUGGACCUGAGCUAUAAACCGCGGCUCGGCAUUAUUGAACAUGAAGAAACACCGAAGGUUGUUCAGCGCCACUUUCAUGAUCUUUCACAACGAUACGGCGAGACAAUUGUUGUUGAUUUGACUGACAAACAAGGUGAUGAAGGAAAUUUAAGCAAUGCAUUUGCUGCUGAAAUGGAGAAAAUUCCUGAUGUCAGGUAUGUGCAUUUUGAUUUCCAUCAUGUUUGCCGUGGUGGGAAUUUUGAUAAUUUGCAAGCUCUCUACAAUCAAAUUGAGGAAGCUAUUCAGGGACAAGGAUAUUUUCUUAUGAGCUCCAAAGGAGAGAUAUUGUUGGAGCAAAGUGGUGUAGUUCGGUCCAAUUGCAUUGACUGCCUGGACCGUACAAAUGUAACACAGAGUUUCCUUGCAAGAAAAUCAUUGGAUUCGCAGUUGCAGCGAAUGGGGGCAUUAUCAUCAUCUGAAAGCAUUUCUAUAUCAGAUAACAUUAAUGAUAUAUUUAAAAAAUUAUGGGUUGAGCAUGGAGAUGAGGUAAGCUUGGAGUACGCUGGUUCUUAUGCUUUGAAAGGGGAUUUAGUGAGGUAUGGAAGGCAGACAUUACCUGGAUUAAUUAAAGAUGGCAUGAGUGCUCUUUCACGAUAUUAUUUGAAUAAUUUUCAUGAUGGAGUGCGACAAGAUGCUCUAGACCUUAUUAGUGGAUACUAUACAGUUGGCAGAGGCAGCCCUUCUCCUUUUCAAAUCAGUGGAUUUGAAUCUGCUUCGUAUCUUCCAGUGGCUUCAGCAAUCAUAGUUGGUGGGAUUACUGCAACAACCUUCACUCUUAGUCAAGUUGGACGGAACGCACAACACUUCGUCGCCUCCAUUAUCUGCGCAGGCUUGACAGUUGGAGUAAUAGCCUUGGUGAAAGCAAAUGGAAAGCAGUUAUGCUCUAGGCCCCGUUUGUGUGGUCUAAUCUAAUUCCUGAUCUUUUUUUCCUUAUAUGAUAGAAAUUGAAGUUAAAAAGUUAGGAAGUUAUUUUACGCAUCGUGGGAGUAGAUUAAAUAAGUUUUGCUGGUUGGUCUUCUGGUCCUGUAAGCAGUAAACUAACAAAUGACUAUACUGUCCGGUUUCUUUACCUCGACGGUUGAGAACUUGCAUUCUUAUCCUGUAAACUGAAGAUACUUUGUAGCCCCAGAUUAGACUCCAUAAUUUGUCUUCAAAUUUCAAUA